AUGGGCUCCAUUUCUCAAGCAAUUACUGAAAUGGGCCUUGAUCUUUACAAUGAACUGAACAAAAAUGCUGCAAACAAAAAUAUCUUCUUCUCCCCUAUGAGUAUCUCUACUGGCCUGGUCAUGGUCCUUUUGGGUGCCAGAGGUAACACUGCUAAUCAGAUGCAAACGGUUCUUCAUUUGAAUAGAGCUGCAGUAAGUGCAAACCUUGGAACUGGGCCUGUCUCGGAAAGUGGGAUGACAGAAGCUGAGCCCAAACAUCUCAAUGAAGGGCAAUAUCAUGAACUUCCUCACUUCCCAAAUGGUACUUCUUCCCGAUGUGACUUGGUUGGAGGAAUCCACACAGAGUUCCAGACACUCCUCCAACUGAAAAAUCUCAACAAGAGCUAUGUAUUGAGCCUGGCCAGUCUGUUUGCACAAAAGGGAUAUAAUUUUCACCAGCAAUAUUUAGAAGGCACUAAGGAAUUAUAUGGAGCAAUGCUGCAAACAGUUGAUUUUGAAACUGCUACGGAAGCAACCAGACAGAAUAAUUCCUGGGUUGAAAGCAAGACACAAGGUAAAAUUAGGGAACUUUUUGUUCCUGGUGUUAUUGACUCAACUGCUGUGCUCGUGCUAGUGAAUGCAAUCUACUUCAAAGCAACCUGGGAAUACAAGUUUGAAGAAAAACACACAAUGCCAAGAGACUUUAGGAUAAACCAGAAUGAGAGCAAAUCUGUGCAGAUGAUGUAUCAGAAAGACACAUUUAAUGCCCACAUACAGGAGAUGAAUGCUCAGAUUCUUAUGAUCCCUUAUGCUGGAAAAGCACUGAAUAUGUUCAUACUUCUACCUGAUGACAUCAUUGGUCUGGAACAGGUUGAAAGGGCAAUGACUUAUGAGAAAUUAACACGCUGGACUUCCUUGGAAAGUAUGAGAGAGAGAGAAGUGGAGGUGUAUUUGCCCCGUUUCAAACUAAAUACCUUUGAGCUCAACUUACCUUUACAGAUGGGGAUGAUUGAUGUCUUUGAGCAAUCAAAAGCUGAUCUCUCUGGAAUGGCUCCCUCACAACGGCUGUUUCUGUCAAAGGCUGUCCACAAGGCCUAUGUGGAAGUUAAUGAGGAAGGCACUUUGGCAGCAGCUGCUACAGGAAGUGUUGUGAAUAGAUCCUAUCCAUCUGGUGAUCUGUUUAUGGCUGACCAUCCUUUCCUUUUCUUUAUACAGCAUAAUCCCACCAAUACCACUUUCUUGGGAAAACUCUGCUCUCCUUAAAAUCAAGGCAAUUUCUACCUCAGCAAGCACAGACAGAUUUGUUAUAUUCUUCUACAUGAAUACUAGGACAGGUUUAUAUUCUUAGUGUUUUAUAAUCCUUUGAAAUAACAAGCUAAGAAUUUUGGUGAUGGCUCUUUAGAUCCUUUCCAUAGAGAGGAGAGAAUUAGGGUCCAUUUCAGGUGCACAGGACAUUCCGACAAAGCAGAACCUUUUGCUAAAUAGGUCAGCAGAUCAGAUGAGCUCAAAUUCAAGAAGUACUUGGCAUAGCACCUUCAUGCUUAUGAUCAGCGUAGUUAUAACGGAGCUUAUUCUGUUAUUAUUUUAACCAACCCACAUACUACCCAAUUGCAGCUCAUGUGGCAUCUUUGAACCAGGUCUUAAAAC